AUGAUGUCCUUUUGCCACAAUAAAAUUAAUAUGUCCUGUGUGAAAAGCAGCUGGUCAAAUGACAUUCUGGCUUCCCUGUACAGUUUAAUGGUGCUCAUAAUUCUGACCACAAUGGUUGGCAAUCUGCUAGUUAUUAUUUCGAUAUCACACUUCAAGCAACUGCAUACCCUAAAUAAUUGGCUCAUUCAGUCCAUGGCUACUGUGGACUUUCUUCUGGGGUGCCUGGUCAUGCCUUAUAGCAUGGUGAGAUCCAUUGAGCACUGCUGGUCUUUUGGAGAAGUCUUCUGUAAAAUUCACACCAGCACUGACAUUAUGCUGAGUUCAGCAUCCAUUUUUCACUUAUCCUUCAUUUCCAUUGACCGCUACUAUGCUGUGUGUGACCCACUGAGAUACAAAACCAAGAUCAACAUCUUGGUUGUUUCUCUGAUGAUCUUCAUUAGUUGGAGUAUUCCUGCUCUUUUUGCAUUUGGGAUGAUAUUUCUGGAGCUAAACUUCAAAGGAGCUGAAGAGAUGUAUUAUAAAAACAGUCACUGCAUAGGGAGUUGCUCUGUCUUCUUCAGCAAAACAUCUGGGGUUCUGGCCUUUAUGACUUCUUUCUAUAUACCUGGCUCUAUUAUGCUCUGCAUCUAUUGUAGAAUAUAUUUCAUAGCAAAAGGCCAGGCAAGAUCAACUCAUGAUGCAAAGCAGAAGGUUCAAGUUGGGUUGGAAGAGAGAAAAGGAAUUUCACAAAGCAGAGAAAGGAAAGCUGCAAAGACUUUAGGGAUUGUGGUGGGAGUUUUCUUAACAUGCUGGUGUCCUUUCUUUGUCUGCAUGGUCAUGGACCCUUUCCUGGACUAUACUAUCCCACCCACUUUGAACGAUGCAUUGAUUUGGUUUGGCUACUUGAAUGCUACUUUUAAUCCAAUGGUUUAUGCAUUUUUCUACCCCUGGUUCAGAAGAGCACUAAAGAUAAUUCUAGUUGGUAAAAUUUUCCAAAAAGAUUCAUCUAGGAGUAAAUUAUUUUCAGAAUAA